CGGAAAAACGCCGGAAGAUCCGAGUAAUUUUAUACUCAAAUGUCGAGCCAUUUUGGCUUCAUGCGCCACUGAGUAACGUUGAUAAGAAAUGAACGAGGCCCCGCCUCCAACGCUGUACACAGUUCUUUUAGUUUAAUACAUCCAUGAGUAGCAGGCAAAACCGAAACAACAGUGUUUAUCGAGAAUCGCGGAGGGCAAGAAAAGGAAGUCUGGAGACGAACAGACCAGACAAUCUGCAUUUUUAGACGCAGUGAAGCUGCCAGCUGUUCUAUGGUUUUAACGAUGUAUUCUUUUACAACCGAGAGACAAACAUUGGCUUGGGUGUUUUUUGUUGCCGUCCUGCUGUGCAUUAGCUUUGUUGGUCAGGGGGACUGCCAAACAUCUCCACCACCACCAACUCCAUGCUCUGCUUACAAAGACUGUGGCAAAUGUGUUCCACAUGCCAAGUGUCUGUGGUGCUUCACCACCAACAACUGCACAGAAUACCCAGUGAGCUGGUUGCUGCCUCCAGCGUCAGUGUGCCAGUUGUCCCAGGCCCGUUGGGGAGUGUGUUGGUUCAACUUUGAAGCCCUGAUCAUUACCCUGGCUGUCCUGGGUGGAGCCAUCAUCGUCAGCAUUAUUGCCUGCUGCUGCUGCUGCUGUUGCUGCAAGAAGCGUCGCUCAAGGCCUGAUGGAGAAGAGGAGGGAUAUGUGAGGAGGAGGGAGGAGAUCAAACAUCGCGCUGAGGAACGGAGUGUUGAGAGAAAGGCAAGGCACGAUCAGAUCCGCAAGAAGUAUGGUCUGAUGGGUGACUCGGACCACCCAUACAGCAAGUUUGAGAACGAGUAAAGCCGCUAGAGUUCCACAGGCAGAAUGUGGAGCUUGUUUUGCUCCAGUUCACAGAAAUCACAAAUGUUGGAUGGAUACCUAAUUUUAAAACUUCCUGCAAAGUUCUUUUGUCUUCUGAAAUUUUAUUAUGAGUUGUCACUUUUUAAAUAUUGUAGUUUCAUAUCAGUCUUUGCACUUUGUAUAUACAGUAUUGAUUUAUGAAAUACAAAAUAAUGAUUGUACUGCAGAUGUGUUCUGACACAUGAAUAAAUUUCUUCUCUUUUAUCAA